AGAGAGGAAGGAAGGAGGUACAGAGGAGGAAGCAGAGCUGAAAGAAAGCCAACUGCUUGUACAGUGUGAAGCGAAAUGUUAAGUGGAAACGGGCGAGAAGAGGGCGACCGCUUUAUUGUGACAGAAGAAAAUUCUUUGAAACUAUUUCGCACGUCUUGCGAAGAAUGACAGGAGAAAAUGAACAGUUGGACCGAUACUGCCAAAAUUUGCGGUGACAUUAUCUUUGACUUUAAAAGUCUUUUCUUUUUUCCCCCAAUCAUGCCACGUUUGAGAUCACGCCUGUAAUGACCACCCUCCUCCCGCAGACGCACAGCUGCUGCUAGACCGCUGCGAGCGGACUGGCUGCAAAGUUGCAGAAGUUGUUUUUCCUUGUUUGCCAUUUGUGUUUUCCGAUUUCUGCGGCCCAGACUCGUCCAGCCUUCAGUCUGCUGUCCUCCGGCCCGCCCCAGCAUGCUGGACUGACGUCUGAGGAAUGGCAUCGGCUGUGUUUGAAGGGACAUCGCUGGUCAACAUGUUUGUCCGGGACUGCUGGGUCAACGGGAUCCGGAGACUUAUUAUCAGCCAGCGGGGCGAGGAAGAAGAGUUUUUCGAGAUCAGGACUGAGUGGUCUGACAGGAACAUUUUAUACUUGCAUCGGAGUUAUUCCGAUCUGGGGCGGCUGUUUAAAAGACUGAUAGAGUCCUUUCCUGAGGACAGACGAGACCUGUCCCAGUCUCCACUAAUAGAAGGGCUGGUAAAAAUCAAAGAAGCAAACGACAUUGAGCAGAAGCUGAACGAGGUGGAAAGACUACUGAAGAAUGCCAUCAACAUGCCAUGCAAAUACUCCAGGUCAGAGGUGAUGUUGACAUUCUUUGAGAGGUCACCGCUGGAUCAGGUGCUGAGGAAUGACAAAGUCCACAGAAUCCAGCCAUGCUUUCAGAGUCCAGUCAAGAUAUCAGAAAUUAUGCGGUCGAAUGGAUUCUGUCUGGCCAAUACAGAAACCAUUGUAUUUGAUCACAAUAUCCUGGAGGAAAAAGAGAGACCUUCAUCCACCGACUCUGCAGAACAUACAUAUGAUGAUGAUACAGAGGUUUUGCCAGUGGAGGCCGAUGUGUGUGGUGAGGAGACAGAAGCAUAUGUCACCAACCUUUCCUACUAUCACCUGGUCCCAUUUGAGACUGACAUCCUGGAAUGAGGAAGAUUUUUGAUAUCGAUGGACAUCUGAUGUUAUCACUAAGGAAUAUGUUCUCUUUAGAGGAACCGGGCAAAGCAGUGUAGUAUUCUCAAAGGUCGCUUAAAAUUCCUGUAGCCAUUUUGGAGUCGGACAGGUGUACCAUAUGCACCACAGUACAGAAAGGAUGCAACAGCAGCACCACUUUAUAUGACAUCACCAGUGUGCCUCACCCAGACCCUUACACAAGUCUACCAAAAGCUAAAUAAUGCACCUAUCAAAAAUUUAAAUGAGCUAGAUAAGUUGUCCAACUGACUGCACAGGGCUGUCAGGCGAUGUAACACAUCCUGUGGCAGCCUCGUUGGAUGGUCAGAGUCCUCAGCAAUGUUUCGAAAGAUGCUGCAUGGCCACUUUAAUACAUGAAGUUUAAUGCAUCACUAUCUGUGGUUUGGAGUGUGCCUGCAACCAGAGCGGCAAAGACUCCACAUUGACUAUUAGAAAAAGCAAAAUCAACUUUAUUGAACUGUUAAAUAUAACUUCCUUUUGGAUGAGCUGUUUUAUAUUUAGCGUUAACUGUGUGUAGACGUACCCUCCAGUGGACCUCCAUGAUGACAUUGGUCGGGUAUGCUAGGAGAUUUAUGAUGCAUUUGCAAAACCUAUUGUUUUCUUCUUUAAAUUGCUCCGUUAAGUGUUAUCCACAGCAUUACCACUCUGGUGUUUUAUUCCUGUGGGAAUAUAGGAAGCUGUCAUAAAACUUUGCAUGUAAUCUUUUUUAUGGUGCAGUUUUCACCAGCAUUUAGACAGUUUCUGUGUGUGUGUGUGUGUGUGUGUGUGUGUGUGUGUGUAUACACUAAGCUUAAAACUACAAUUUGGUUGCUCUGCAGUAGGAUCUUUGUCAGGAGUACUAAGGUGAAACUAGAUGUGAAACUAGGCAUUGGUUCUCAGUGUCAGCUACCUCUGAGCUUAAUGAUUUAAAACAAUAGGAGUUUAAACCUCUAGAUUUGGCAUAAAUGAAAUUGAUUCUGUUAAACUUUGAAAAACCAUGAGAGGUUUAAGGUAUGAAUACACUUUUCACAGUACAAAAUGGGAUUCUGUUUCACUUGGUUCUUACUUUCAAAUUAACAAAAAAGUAAUCGGUCCAAAGUGAGAACUUAAAGCUGCCUUUUUGGAUGUAGGUGAGAUUUUUAAAUGAGGUUUUGUCAGAAUAAUAAAUUUGAAUGUAAUUAUAGCUUGUACUGUUGUUUAUGUUACAAACAAAUAUUUUUAUAUAUCAGACAAGAAAUUACCAUCUAAUCUAAAUGGGGCAAAGGAAGCUUUGUGUUAAGGGUCAGUUGAGGUCAUCUGUUCUGUGAGAUGACGUGAGUGGGUGCAGUCAGACAGCUGACUACAGUCUCGGUGAAUGUGGGAGUCCACAGCUUGGCUUGCAAAAGGGGAACAAAUCCUCUUUUUACUGAAAGAAGACAAACAGCCUUGGUGUACUAAAGACUUUCUAAAGGAAAAGCUGUGUGAAAUAAGCCAACCCUUGCUUGAAAUUCAUGCUUUCUGUAUGUUUUAUAGGUCGUCACGACAAAAAGAGGGUACAUUUAUUUCUGAAACUGAAACUGGGGAACUCAGUGGGGUGUUGCAUUUGUUUUGAAUGCACCUGAAAGGCAAACAUGCUUGUGGAGGGUUAACAGUAAGGAAGUCCACCUGUAGUCUUUGUUUUGACAGUUUUGUCAAUGCAGAAAUUAUUGCUGCCUUGCAUUGUAGGCUAACAGCUUGUGUCAAGUUUUCUGCCCUUCUAAAUACAAAGGCAUUCAGCCCUCACAAACUUGGCACAGAAGAUUUCAAUAGGACGGUCCUCUGUGUGAGUCUAUUCAGUAACACAGUCACGAACGCUAAUCACCCAUGAGAAAGUACAACUCUUUCUCAAGGCGUGAAACUAUUUCAUGUUUUGUUUUUGUUUUUUUUUGUUGUUGUUUUUUUUGUCUUUCUCCAAGUCGUGGAUUAUGUUGUGGAAUCCUGCGUACAUAAAGGAAUUAAUUAAUAUGUUUAAGUAACAAUAAAAAGGAAAUUUUAAUUUCAUAGCAAGGUCAUAUUUUCUCAGCAAAGAACUAUCUGAUGUUUCCUGUAUUACUUCUUAUUUAAAGAUUAAAGAAUGUUAACACCCUUCUGUCGUGGGCAGAUGUGGGCGGGAGUCAAAAUGUGGUGCUUAUCACUAUUAAUGAAUGAAAAACGAUGAAUAAUUGCCUUAAAUACAACUAGCAUUUUUCUGGUGCUUUCUAAUUGAUAGUGGCCAAAUUAUUUCAAAUUAAAAUUGGUCAAAUUUUAUAUCAUGCAUGCGCUGGACCAUUGUCCAGCAGCAAUGUCCCUGGUCAGGAGUAAAUAAGGAGCACAGCCAAUGUCAUUAUUACACAGAAUGAACAGCUGGAUUCUUAAUAAUGUGUGGCUUAUUACUUCAUAGAGCUAGGGGUUCGGUUUACUUUUGUACAUUUCUAAUGCUCCACCCCUCUCUGAGUCUGUGCUCUAGCCUGGCCACCCCUGCCUAAGUUUUUUAGAUCCGCACUUGCCUUCUGUCUGUCCUUUGUAAGCUUAUGCAGUCAGUGCAUUAUAAAUAUUUGGCCACAGUUUCCAUGAAGUUAUGACUAAAAUGGUACUGAGCUCAUGUAGUGCCAUGAUGAUGCCAGUACUCCAGUUUCACUGAGGCUUUGAAAUGAAUCAUCAUGACCAUCAGCCAGUGAGAGGAGGAGAAAACUACAUGAUGUGAAGAUAUUACAGUAUAGAUAUUAUUUAUUUUAUAUGUAAACUCCAUCCACACUCUGUCAAGCUAACAUUUUAUGCCUUGUAACGCUUUGCAUGUUUCUCUGCUCAUGUGUAAUGUGAGAUGUUUUUGGUGUGUAAGUGUGUCAAAAGGAUUGAAUGAAGAUAAUUAUAAACCCUGAAAAUGAAAUGUAUGUGGUGGAAUGUUUGAUAACCUUUAAGCUACUCAGACAGUGUUAGAUACAAAUUAUGAUUGUCAA